AGCAGGCCACAUCACCAUAAUUCACUACCAAACUCUCAUCAUACGUGGCAGAAUGCGAUUGGAUCACCUUCAAGUUUCCAUUUGUGUUACGGCUCAAGGAUGAACAUAACCAGAACAUAACGACCUAUUGGAACACUCUGGAAAUGGAAUCCAAUAACACAACGCCAACACUAGAAACUUCUCUUCUCUUAUCUUGAUUAUGCAUAUAACUGCUGUGAUUUCGCUCAGUUCUCAACGUAAGCAAUAAAGCAGCAGAGCAAGUAGCUGGUGGUGACUGUUAGCAAAACAUGGGGAAAAUCUACCCAAAGGUGAGUGAGGAGUAUCAGAAAGCAGUCGAGAAAUGCAAGAGGAAGCUUAGAGGACUUAUCGCUGAGAAGCAUUGCGCUCCUAUCGUCCUUCGCUUAGCAUGGCACGCUGCAGGUACUUUUGACGUGAAUACAAGAACAGGAGGGCCUUUUGGGACGAUCAGGCUUCAAGAGGAGCUAGCUCACGAGGCCAACAAUGGUCUUGAUAUUGCUGUCAGGCUUCUACAGCCUAUCAAAGACCAAUUUCCUAUCUUAACUUAUGCUGACUUCUAUCAGUUAGCAGGAGUUGUUGCUGUUGAAAUUACAGGAGGGCCUGAGAUUCCCUUCCAUCCAGGAAGACCGGACAAGACUGAUCCACCCCCAGAAGGUCGCUUACCUGAUGCUGCUAAAGGUUCGGACCAUUUGAGGGAUGUUUUUGGUCGAAUGGGUCUCAGUGACAAAGAUAUAGUUGCCUUGUCCGGUGGUCACACCCUGGGUAGGUGCCACAAAGAGCGUUCUGGAUAUGAGGGACCGUGGACCUUAAACCCUCUCAUUUUUGACAAUUCCUAUUUCAAGGAACUCUUAAGUGGAGAAAAAGAAGGCCUUAUUCAGUUGCCAACGGACAAGGCUCUUCUAGAGGAUCCAGUCUUUCGUCCUUUAGUUGAAAAAUAUGCUUCAGACGAGGAUGCUUUCUUUGAAGAUUAUGCAGAAGCUCAUUUGAAGCUGUCAGAACUAGGCUUCUCUGAUGCUGAGUAAAGGAAUGGAGAGUGGGUGAAAUUAUUUAUUUGAAUUGCGUUAUUUGGUUAUUUUGUUGAACUGUAUAUAU